AAAACACGGAAGUAAACACUUGUCAUACACAUGUUUUGCGCUAAUAUGGAAGUUAAGCAGGGCAAUUGUUUCAUUUGUACAGUACAAUUAUAGGUUUAAUCGUUUUAAACGUUUUCCUAGGUGACAGUACGUAUAUUGGUGGUUUUCCACAAACAAAAAACGUUAUUUAUUGUAAAUGGGUUGUUCGUGGACUUUAGACUAUUUCUGCACUCGUUGAGUUAUUAGAGAAACGGUAUGAAGUCGUUUAAGUCUCCGGGACGUCAUGGAUAUGCGGUGGAGAUUUCACCUUUUUUGCCUUCUACGAUGGCAUGUGCUUCCUCUCAGUAUUAUGGAAUAGCAGGAUGUGGGACACUUUUUGUGCUGGAGCAACGGGAGACAGAUGUUUCACUUGUGAAGAGUUUUGACUGGAACGAUGGUCUUUUCGAUGUGACAUGGAGUGAGAACAAUGAGCAUGUGCUAGUGACCGGAGGAGGUGACGGAUCUCUGCAGAUCUGGGAUACAGCCAAUCCACAAGGUCUUCUGCAGGUGCUGAAAGGCCACACACAAGAGGUGUAUUCAGUAGACUGGAGUCAAACACGUGCUGAAAACCUGCUAGUAUCAGGAUCUUGGGACCACACAGCCAAAGUGUGGGAUCCAGUGCAGUGUCAGUUAGUGAACUCCCUUCAGGGUCAUGAGGGUGUCAUCUACAGCACCAUCUGGUCUCCUCAUAUCCCAGCAUGCUUUGCUUCGGCCUCAGGAGACGGCACUCUGCGAGUAUGGGAUGUUAAGGCAGGGUCAUGCAGAUUGGUCAUCCCUGCACACAAAUCUGAAAUCCUUAGCUGUGAUUGGUGCAAAUAUGACCAGAAUGUUCUAGUCACCGGAGCUGUUGACUGCAGUCUCCGAGUUUGGGACCUGAGGAACAUCCGGCAUCCCGUCGCUCAAAUGUCAGGCCAUUCCUACGCCAUCCGCAGAGUAAAGUUCUGCCCGUUUUACAAGACCGUCCUAGCGUCCUGCUCAUAUGAUUUCACAGUCAGAUUCUGGGAUUAUUCCAAGAGCCAGGCGCUGCUGGAGACGCUGGAGCACCACUCGGAGUUCGUGUGUGGCCUGGAUUUCAACCUGCACAUCCCUAACCAGGUUGUGGACUGCUCCUGGGACGAGACUGUGAAAGUGUUCAGUCCUUCAUCUCUGGCUGCGGUGUAGAAACCCGUUCACCAUGUACUGAGGUUUCUGCAGGACAUAAGGGAAUCACGGCUCCAUUUCAAUCACAGGUGCAGAGUUUGCCAAGAUUUCACUGCAGUUUUCCUAAUGACGCUGUUACAGCAGAACCCGAGGGAGCGCUAGAAUCUCACACCUCGCCUUUAGGAGUGUGAUGUUAUUAUAGUGCUUGAUGAGUGUAAAAUCAAGCUAAAGUGAGUUUACCUUAAA